AUGUUGAGGUGCGUUCUUUUCACUUUAAUUGGCGGUCUAAAACAAAUGCAUUUGCAGGCAAAGAUGAAAAAAAAGCCCGCAGACAAUUACCUUGACAACAUCCUGAAUCGGCUGGGACGUGAGGCCAAAUGGAUGGCGCAUAUACAAACCGUUUGUACGAUUCAGAGAAACACGCUUCAAAAAGAGAUCAUACAAAGCAUAACUCCAGGCCCAAAGUUUACUUCUGUGCAAGAAUUUGCGGCGGGCCUCAUUGUGAAAUAUCGUCUGCCUACGUCAGAGUCUGGUGCAAAUUCCAACACAGCUUACCUCUCAAAACAUGUGUUAUUGCGGCGGUUUUUCUGGGACCAUUCAUCUACGUUUUCGGCCUUUGAACUUGAGAAGGAUGACAACAACUCAGAAGAGGAGAACAAUGACCAGGAUUUUGGAACACCAAGCACCGACAACUCUAGCGAUUCGGGUCAUUCUGCUACCAAAAAACGUAAAUUGCAAAAAACAAACAUUCCCGCUGGGAAAACUCGCGGUCGGGUGGCUGAUGGCGAAGACUAUUGGUCCAAAGUUGAUCAAUGGCUCAAGAGGCUUGACGAUGAGCUGGGAGAUAAUACAGCUGAGUUGAAACAGUCCGAGUUUUCUCUUGUAUUCUCAAUGAGUUAUGCUAAGCUUGUGAAUAGAUUUAUUGCUGAAUGUCUGGAGAUGGACUCUCUCAGGACCAAUAAAGGCUUAGAUUUCUCAAGCCACCCUUCCGAGCGCUCUUUUACCAGCCCUAGCGAUGUCACAUCCGACCCACAACCCACCACUAUACAGUCCUUUCCUUCCAAUUCUUCUUCGAGGCUGCCUGAACCUCAUUUAAAUUUUGGUAAUGCAAUUGCUCAAUUAUUUAGUGGUCCUUCAACAGGUAGACCUUUUUAG